UGGACGGUUUUCAAGAAGCUGCCAUCAUGCCUCCCUCCAAGAGUAAGCAAGGCAAAGCAAAGGUGGAUUAGGAGAAGGAGAAGGAAAAAAAAGACGCAGCUUUCUGGUGUGAGGUUGGCUUAUUCCUUUUCCAUUUUAAAUUGGAUGAAAUAUCACAAGGCAAACUUCCAAGGACCAGCCAUGAAAGGUGACUUGCUGUGGCUCUCCAGCGUGCUACUGCUACUCCCUGGGGCGGGCAGCUGUCCAGAAAAGUGUCUUUGUCACACAUCUUCAAAGUCUGUUGACUGCAGCAGGCAAGGUUUGAGGGAAAUCCCCUCAGAGCUGCCUCCUCGGACCCAGAUCCUACAUCUGCAGCAUAACCACAUUGGAGACGUCCCCACAUCUGCCUUCAGCAGGACGCCUUUGCUCCGAACCUUAGAUCUCUCCCACAAUGCCAUUUUCACCCUUGCUCCUGGUGCAUUCUUGGGCCUUGCCCACUUACAGGUUUUAAACCUAACACAGAACUCCCUUCAUUCCUUGGAAAGCAAAGUUUUCCAAUCAUUGCCCCAACUGCAGGAGUUGGAUUUGUCCUUUAACAACAUCCAGGAGCUGCCCGAGUUUAAGGGGGACACCCUAAGCCACCUAACUCGACUUGCUGUACAGAAGAACCAAUUACAACAGGUCCACAGGGCUCACCUGGCAUCCCUCCCCAGCCUGAGAGCUUUAUUCUUCAAGGACAAUCUCUGGAAAUGCAAUUGUCACCUGCUGGAUCUUAAACUGUGGCUGGAGAGCUUUGUAUACAAAGGUGGGAUAACUGAUGGAGUUAUCUGCUCAUCCCCGGACAUCUGGAAAGGGAAAGAUCUCCUUAAAAUUCCGUAUGAGCUCUACAAUACAUGCCUUCCUCUUCUUGGGAAAGGGGGGCCCAUCCAGCCCCAGCUCCCUGGCACUGCCCAGCAAGAUCCCCCACAGCCCAGCCAUGCCCAAGAACAGGUAGACCAAAGCCGGUCAGACUGUGAAUUCAAACCCAAGGCCCGUCCAGUCAAUCUCCGCCAUGCCAUCGCCACAGUGGUUAUCACGGGAGUCGUCUGUGGAAUUGUGUGUCUGAUGAUGUUGGCUGCCGCGAUUUACGGUUGCACCUAUGCAGCAAUUAUGGCUAAAGGACAUGGGGAACCUUUGAGCCACAUCAAUGAGCCCGGAAGGCCUGGAGAAGAAAGGGGGCCACUCAGUGCUUCCCUGGCAUAG